CAAAGCCGGCAAUAGGUAAGCAGACGACUGUUAGCAGACAGUACAGUCGUACAGAAAAAGAGGGGUGCGCUCAAACGGCGUUCCAAAAAAGGCAAAAAGUGUCAUUACAAAUUACUAAGGUUGUCAGUGUAAUGGAGUUCGCUGGUGCAUUCGGGAAACUGAAAGAAUCCGAUUUUUAUGAAGCUCUACCUCAGAUUUCAACAGAAAAACUCGAUGAGCAUGCUGAAAGUAAAAUUGCUAUUUCCUAUAAAGCAGGUUCAGUUAUAGUGAACCAAAGACAAAGAGGAAAUCCUCUAUUGAAAUCUAUAAGAAAUGUUCCAUGGGAAUAUGGGGAUAUUGUUCCAGAUUAUGUUAUGGGGCAUACUUGCUGUGCAUUGUUCUUAAGUCUGCGAUAUCACAAUUUGAACCCUCAAUACAUUCAUGAUCGUCUAAAGGACCUUGGAAAACAGUAUGAGCUACGAAUACUGCUAGUUCAAGUGGACAUCAAGGACCCCUAUACACCUAUAAAAGAACUGACAAAGAUGUGUUUGUUAGCUGAUUUAACACUUCUUCUCUCAUGGAAUGCUCAAGAAGCUGGGAAAAUUAUUGAAACCUACAAAGUGUUUGAGCACAAACCUCCUGAUUUGAUAAUGGGAAAACAAGAGAACAAUAGCACACUAUCUGGGAUUGCAGAUGCAUUAUCUUCCAUCAAGUCAGUUAAUCGCACGAAUGCAAUGACGUUGUUAUCCAAUUUUCAAACACUUCAAAAAAUUUACGAGGCAACUGAAGAAGAUCUAAGUUUGAAUCCCGGAUUUGGACCCCAGAAAGCGAAACGCUUGUUUCGUGUACUCCACGACAAAUUUAUUAAGUGAUUAUCAAGCUUUUCAUGAUGCUGUAAGCGCUGUAAGUUAAUGAUCGACCUUCUUUAAUCCACAAUUACGUUGAAAUUAACGUGGAUUAAAAUUUCCUGCGAAUUAGAAACUUCCAUAUGAGUGAAUGUCGUAACUCGUAAUUACUGUUAUGUUCAUUAUUCCCUCUUGGCUAACCCAGAGAUAUAGAAACAGUCGUUUCUCGGCUGUCAGUCCUCAGUCCCCUAUCCCCCGUUUGAAGGGUAUUCGUUGAUUGAUUCGUAGUUGGAUUUUCGGCGUUUCUGGGGGAAACCGGUGACGCUAUCUCUUGGUAUUCGAAAACCGUGUGCAUUGACGGGAUUUAACAGUCUAUGUUUGUUUGUUUGAUUGUUUUUUUUUUUUUUUUUUUUUUUUUUUUUUUUUUUUUUUUUCAUUUUCAUAUUUUGGGAUUAAUAAUAAUUUCGUUCCACUUGUAAGUUCAUUCAAGCGGGCGACAGCCUAAUUUUUUUUGUUUUUAAGUUGAAGAAGUAUUAUUUGAAAAAUAUAUUUGUAGUUUGUAGCGAAGCCUCUUCUUCAAGAGAGACACAAGAAAAAAAAGAACCAGGAAGUGACUUGUCUGGCCCGAGGCAUUUGAAUUUAUAAAAGUAAAAUAUUUUCUAUGUUCUA